AUGCUUGAUCAUAUUGGCUGGUUGGUUCAAGCAGAACAUUACAAGCUCGAACAGGAAGUUCACGCUGUGCUCGUCAGGGAUAGCGUCGAAUCAGGUCGUUGCGUGAACAAGACGACAAAUCGAUCAAUAGCCUGUGAAUCUCAUAUUGGUAGAUUAAUUGCUGCAAUUAUAUCUGUAUUUUUAUCAGUGGAUAUAUGUCUUAAUAUUGUUUGGUUUGAAGGAUUUUGUCUUGCUCUAGCUUGGUUAAUUUUUGUAUGGGUUAUUGGUUUAACAAGUACAAGUUUAUUUAUUCUUGGAUCAGCAACUGGUUUAGUAUUUUCGCCAAUAUUUCCAUUAUCGUUUGGAUAUUUCAAUCAGAAAUUAAAUGUUGUACCAAUGCUUAUUGCUUUACUUUUAUGUGGAUCAGCAGUUGGAGCAAUAACACUUCAAAAAAUAGCUGGUUUUGUGAUGGAUCAUAAUCCAAAACAUUUUCCAACACUUUUAAUUGUUUGUUUAUUAAUGUCAAUUAUUUUUUAUCUUAUUUCAUAUGUUGUUUAUUCUAUUCAUAAACGAAAAAAUUUAUCAAAUGCUCGACCUUCUGUAACUGGUGGUGCAGCUCUUUCUCCUGAAAAUUUUAAUGAAGAAGAACAACAAAUGGCUACUUAUUUAAGAGAUAAUCAAGAUACAUAA